GCUGACUAAUCAUCGCCGCCCAUCCGACUUGCCACCGUAAGGGCUGUCAACACAGUCCAGCAAUCCUCAAGACCCGACCCAGUGAGCAUCCAUUCUUUUCGAUGAACCUGGAGAGCAUGCCGGGAGACGUCUCGCUCGAUCCUGCCCGUUGGAUGGUGUUGCUAGAGGGAGAUUUUGGCUGGAUGCGAGGAUAUCAUCCCGGAUGAAGCUGUCUCCAGGUUCGCGUCAAUUCUCACUCACUGACCGCGACGUCCUCCCAGAUGGCCCGCAGCAAGGAAAUCGCACCCGGCGUGGGACGCCUCUCUCGCUCCCAGGUCUUCGCCCGCCGUGGUCUGUACAAGGGCCCCAAAAACACCGAGAAGCCGGCUGCCUCAGAGGCUGCCGCGACGAAGGAGGUUACAGUUGGAGGGGAGAAGAACGGCGGCAAACGUCUUGUGCCCGUCGCAAAGGCACCUCGUUUCUACCCCGCUGAGGACGUCCGCCAACCCAAGAAGAGCCGUAAGGCCCCCAAGCCCACGAAGCUUCGCCCAUCUAUCACUCCCGGCAGCGUCCUCAUCCUCCUCGCUGGCCGCUUCCGGGGGAAGCGCGUUGUUUUCCUCAAGCAGCUCGAGAGCGGUCUGCUCCUUGUGACCGGCCCUUACAAGGUCAACGGCGUCCCUCUCCGACGGGUCAACCAGGCCUACGUUAUUGCGACCUCUACCCAGCUUGACCUCGGCGACCACAAGGUUGAUGAGAAGAUCAACGACGCCUACUUUGCCAAGUCCUCCAAGAAGGGCUCCCGCUCAGCAGAGGAGGAGUUCUUCGCUGAUGGCAAGCCGAAGGAGAAGGAGGCGUUCCCCGAGUCGAAGGUGGCUGAUCAGAAGGCGGUUGACGCUGCCGUCGUCGCUGCCGUCAAGAAGACGGAGAACAUCAACAAGUACCUGAAGUCGAGUUGGGGUCUGUCGAAGGGCCAGUUCCCUCACCAGCUGGCGUUCUGAACGGGCGAGCGGCGGGGGUUGGUUGGUAGGGGAGGAGCAGCGGGUUCUCUCAUGUAGCUAUGAUUAUGGUGCGCAUAUACUGCAUGCAUAUGACAUUCUCGAUCGACAUCAAUGCAUGGAUGCUGGCCUCGCAUCGCCGCGUCCCAAGACUGUAUCUGAGUAACCUGAUGUAUGCAACGACCACUUUGAGAGACC